AAAGAUGUGAUAUUUGGCUUGAAAGAGGUUUCGGUUACUGGUCAAGCGAAAUGUCAAUUUUUUCUGACGAUACCCAACCGGCUACGCUUGUUCUGACUCGUGCCAGUAGCUCAACGUCAGUAGGCGAGUUAGUUUCGUUCAGACAAACAUACAAACCAUCUUUCAAGCUAACUCCAAUUUUGUUACAAACUGUUGUGACUAUUGCUUUCGGAUCUGGCCUUAUGUUCGGCUACAACUUGAACAUUGCGAACAACUGCGAGAAAGUGUUGAAAACGCACGUGAAUGAAAGUAUCUUCUUGCAAUAUGGAUCCUACUUGAGUCAGAGUUCUCUAGACCGGUUUUGGUUGGUCGCCACUUCAGUGUUGCCUGUCGGUGCAAUAAUAGGAUGCUUUCUGUCCAACUUUAUCGCGCAUAAGUUGGGUCGCAAACAAAUCCUUCUACUAAACAAUGCAAUUGGUGUAUUGGGAUCAGUAGUCCAAAUAUGGUCUGCAGCUUCUAGAUAUGUGGAGCUCUUUAUCCUAGGAAGAUUCAUUACUGGAAUUUAUUGUGGGUUUAUUGCUACAACAGCGCCAGUGUAUCUCAAUGAAAUUUCUCACGUUGCUCAAAAAGGAUACAUCGGUUCGACUUUUCAGUUGAGUAGCGUAUUGGGUACAGCUUUGGCUCUUUUCCUGGGACUGCCACAAGUUUUGGGGUCUAAACAGUAUGUUGUUUUUCUGUUCGUUAUUCCAAUGGUGGUUGCUGUUCUGCAAUCUUUGAUGCUUCAUUUUUGUCCGGAAAGUCCGAGGUUCCUCUUACUCUUCAAGUCGGAUCCAUUUGGAGCGAUGACAUCUUUGAGGGCAUUCAGGAACUGUCCAGACGUCAGUGAAGAUUUGGCGGAAAUUGACAACGAAGUGCUGCAAAAUUCAGAAGAUACGAUGAACCAAAACAGGGCUAGAAGAGUCCUAAGGUUCAAACAGAUUAUAUGCAAGCCGAAUCUGAGAAAAAUGCUUCUCAUUUGCAUAUGUCUACAUGCAUCUCAAAAUCUGACAGGAAUGAAUGUCAUGGUAUCUUAUUCGGAGUCUUUCCUGGAAAAGAUAGUGAACAAGAACUUCGACUCGGGUCUGUGGAACUCUAUCAUUUACUCUUCUCUCAUUCCUUUUACAGUUCUGUCAACACUUCUGGUCGAGCAUAUUGGACGCCGAUUUCUACAUAUUUCUGGACUCAUUGGAGUUACUCUGGGAUCCAUUUUGGUGACCGCUGCUCUUUUUGACUCUCAUGUUGAACACCAUUUGGUCUCGAAAACGCUGCUCAUUUCUGGUCUGUCUAUUUUCAUGCUCUUUUAUGCAUUGGGACCUGGAACUAUUCCCUGGUUGAUGGUUCCUGAGUUGGUUCCAAGCAGUGCUAGAUCUACAGUUAACUCGGUUGCAACAAUGGCCAAUUUUGCACUGUCGUUAACUCUGGCGCUGCUGGCUGCGCCGUUCAAACAAUACAUCGGAAACAACGUGUUUUUUGUGUUCAUAGUUUCAACUGUGGCUAUUGGAGUUUUCCUGUAUUUCGUGCUUCCCGAAACAAAAGGAAAGACCUCGGAUGACAUCUUGAUCGCGGCAGGCGAGCGGGGCUUCGAAGUGCAAUGCUGCUGUAAGUCAGAGUGGAUGGGAUUCUCGAGGAAUCAUUUAGACCGAGACAACGAACUAUCCCUUCACGAAGCUGACGAGCAACCUUUAUUCUAAUAAUUGACAAACAACUUGAAAAUUGAUUUAAAUUAACUCUUAGUUUCAGACUUUCGGCAUAAAGACCGUCUUAGUGUUAUUCGGUUAACAACAUAUUCUCUUAAUUGUCGUGAAAAUUGUAGAUUACUUUUGAUGAAUGUAGUCAGAAAUACUUAGCAUAUCAUGUUACAGUAUAUGCAAAUCAUAAUUUCAAAGUUUGGAGAUCCAAAGUGUUUCAUAUCUGAACGAAGGUAUUUUUGGUUCCGAUGUUUCGAAAAGUUUGGCUUUAGCUAUAACAUGAUAGACGACAAAUCGAUGACAACUAAUUUUUCAAUGAUCGUUUUGGGGUGCUAGUAGUUUUAGUGUUUGAAUGCACUGAGUGUUUUUAUAUAUAUGUGAAUCAUCAGUGAAUAAUGAAUAUAACAAGGAAAGUGUAUAAAUAUCUUUAAAUCUAAAAAGCUCUUUUGCUAGGAAGAAAAACCUGAGACUGCAGUGCUAACACUAUUUUUUCAAGGCGUUGUUUAUAUUCUUAUUGGAUUUCGCAUAUCUGUAAAAAAUAAAUUUGAAUAUUAACAUUUGAAUUCAGUGAAUGAAAUCUGAAAUUAAAUUAAGUCAAACAAGGAUUAAAUUUCAAUUACGCUAAACAGUUAUAUAAAUUCCUGAUAACUUGUUACCCUUGCAAUUGAAAUUUUUAUUUAGAUUAAUAUAUAUUUAGAUAUG